AUGUCUUCUAGGGCGUCGGAAAUCGGGUUGCUGAGCAAAAGACUGCUCACCACCUGCACCAUCCGCAGUCCCUCUCUGCAUGCAUCACAAGCGUUCCGACAGCCAUUAUGGGCUCACCCGCGUGCCUUUGCGACCUCUUCAAUCCUCUCGGCUCCUCCUCGCUCCGGUUCACGGUCAAACCUUGAAGGCCUGUUCUCCAAGCCCUCCCCGACGAACUACGCCCAACCGCCGCCUCCGCCGCCGGCCGUAGACGCGGCUGCCCCUUCUCAGGAGAAGUCCGAUAGUCCCUACGCAUACGACGCCACUUCUGACACAUUUGAUAUUUCCAAAAUUAUCGCCAUGGAAUCGGAUGAAUUCCUCAAGAAGCAUUACCCCACUAGCAAGCAAGAGCCCGACCUGCGCACACGUCCACAGACUGGUCGAACCGUACACCUUACCAGCAAGACGGAUUUGGCCAAGGCACUGAAGCUUCUUGACUUCAACUGCAGGAAGAACAAGAUCAAGAGACAAUUCCAACUACAGAAGUUCCAUGAGCGCCCAGGAAAGAAGCGUAAGAGACAGAAGAGCGAGAGAUGGAGGGCUCGUUUCAAGGAAGGGUUCAAGGCAACAGUGGCGAGAGUCAUGGAGCUCAAGAAUCAAGGCUGGUAG